GAAAGUAAUAAAAUAACAAAAAAACCCAAACAUUUUUUAUUUCUAAUUUUAUGACAAAAAAAACCCACAUCUAUAUAAAUAUAUGUGGAUUGAACUUAACAGGAAGUAUUGAUAAGGCAUAUUGAAAACUUUAUCUGGGUGACCCUGACUCUUAUUUAAAUAAUCUUUAAUGAAAUGUUUAACAACUUUAUGCACUGGCAAACAUUGGGACCAUUUUUAACGGAAACUAUUCUGUAAUACUAACCCAAUAACCACAAUUUCUGUGGAAACGCACCUUGGAAACGAAGAAAACAAAAAAAUUGGGUCAAGAAGUGGAAAGUUUUUUUUAUUUAGACAGACAUGUUUUUAGACCCUCCAAAAAAGCCACCUCGAACUCUGCGCUACGUGGAAAAAGCAUUCAACUUGGUCAAAUCAAAAAAAAAUGUUCGAGACGUAGUAAUUUUAAACGAAUCAGGGCAUCCGGUUAAGAGCACAAUGGAUCUAGAAGAAGCUGUUAAAUUUUCUGGACGUUUCCAAGAAAUUCGAGGAAAAUUUGAACGUGCGAUGGAUAAAAUUGACCCAUCGGACGAAUUGAUGAUGCUGAGAGUGCGCACAAGAACAAAUGAAGUUCUUCUGGUGCCCGACUCCAAAAUAACAGUACUAACUGUGCAAAAUGCUCAUGAUAAUUUUGAAAAAUAAAAAGAAAAUUAAUAAAAAAUUGGAAAAUUUAAAAGAAAAUGUAAUUGAACGAACUGGCAGUUACCGUAUUAUAUUUUACUAAAAUGACUGGUUACUUUAACUGUUCUCCUAUCCACUGGGUGUAUCUCAUAAUAUUGGUCACAACGGGUUUGCCAUUCGACAAAUGACUAACAAUGCCAAACAGUACCACAUAUUGUCUAUCAUUAAUAGAUACCUUGACUGCCAAUACAUCGCCAGGUUUGUCAAGGGGCUUACUAAUUUCGUCGCGAUCUUCUACACAAAUCUGAUUUUCUUUUAGUAAACAUACGUCUUGGGACACCUUUUGAACCCUAAAUUCAUUUCCCAAAUUAUCAACCACUAGAAAGAAGGACGAUGAUGCGACCGUUUGCUGAUGUGAAAA